CUUGCAGCUGAUUGCAAUGCCGUUCUUAAAGCUCUACAGCCCAUUUUUCAGGAGCAGGGAAUGACAGAAACAGUUCAUAACUGGGAAGACCACGGUUAUUUAGCAACCUACAUAAAAAAAAAUGGCAGUUUUGCCAAUUUGAGAAUUCACCCUCAUGGAUUAGUGUUGGUGGAUCUGCAGAGCUACAAUGACCAUACGAAAGGAAGAGAGGAAGUCGAUCAGCUUCUAAACAAAGUAGAAGAAAGAAUGAAAGAAUUGUUUCAUGGUAAUAUAAAAAGGGUGAAACGAUUGCCAGCCAUUUUGAGAGGAGGUGUCAUUGACAGAUACUGGCCUACAGCUGAUGGGCGCCUGGUGGAGUACGACAUAGAUGAAGUUGUUUAUGAUGAAGAUUCACCUUUUCAGAAUAUUAAAAUUCUGCAUUCAAAACAGUUUGGGAAUAUUCUUAUCCUCAGCGGAGAUGUUAAUCUGGCAGAGAGUGACCUGGCAUAUACUCAAGCCAUAAUGGGCAGUGGAAAGGAAGACUACACUGGGAAAGAAGUACUAAUCCUAGGAGGUGGUGAUGGAGGUAUACUAUAUGAGAUAGUCAAACUGAAGCCAAAGAUGGUUACUAUGGUAGAGAUUGACCAAAUGGUGAUCGACGGGUGUAAAAAAUACAUGCGUAAAACAUGCGGAGAUGUCUUAGACAAUCUGAAAGGAGAGUGCUAUCAGGUCCUAAUUGAAGACUGUAUUCCCGUACUGAAGAGGUAUGCCAAAGAAGGAAGGAUGUUUGAUUAUGUAAUUAAUGAUCUGACGGCUGUUCCAAUCUCCACAUCUCCAGAAGAAGAUUCCACAUGGGAAUUUUUGCGGUUGAUUCUUGACCUCUCAAUGAAAGUACUGAAACAAGAUGGAAAAUACUUCACACAGGUAUGAUGUCUGGAUGUAAAAAGGUAUCUGUCAGACUUUGCAGAAGGACUCUGGGAAGAAGCUUGUGCUGAAAGCUGGAGUGAUGGCUGGGCUGCAGCCAGGGUACAGAGAGCUGGCUUUGUGUCGGCUGAAACCG